GCGCAACCAAACACACACACAAUGUCGCUGGAAGAGCAGCUUGCGACAGAGCGCGCGGCUCGCUCUCAGAUGGAGAACGACUUUGGCAUGCAACGCAAAAAGUUCCGCGACAUGUACAUUGGCCUCGAGCGCCAGCUGAGCGAGGAGAAGGCGCGGACGGGCGAAUUGCUGGGCCAGCUGCAGAGCGCUCGCGCCCAAGUCCACCAAGCUCAAGCUCAAGUCCAACAACAAGCUCAAGCUCAAGCGCAUGGAGGCAGCCACGCAAUGACGAUGGGCGCUGCGGACGUGGCGGCACAGCUCGAGCAGCUGCGGAGGGACAAGCGCGCGGCAGACGACGAGAUUGCGUCCCUGCAGGAAGUCAUUCGCGCAGCGUCCGAGACGCAGGAGCAGCUCACGCGGGACAAUCGCACACUCGCUGGCACACUGGACCGCGAGCGCAAGGAGGCACGCGCAGUCCAAGACAGGAUGCGUAGGGACGCGGACGAGCUCCGCGCCUUGCUCAACAGCCAGACGACGACCAGCGCAGCGUCGCCCUCACCGUCGCCGUCGUCGGGAACGUCGUUCAAGUUUGGAUCGCUGUUUGGCGUCAAUCCCACUGCUGCGACCGGCGCGUCUCACGGCCCGCCUCCUCGUCGAACGGGCGGGGCUUCCCCUGCUCCCUCGAAAUCAGGUGCUGCUACGAGCAACGCGACGGUGGACCAGCUCUUGCUGCUGGACUUUGAUUCGGCGCCAUCGCCAGUGGCGACAGUUCAGCCAAGCAUGGCCGGCGGGGCCGCUGCGUCAGAUUCACGGCCAAUGACGCCCUCGCUCCUCGAGCCAACCCCGCUCGAUCCCUCUGGCAGCUCCAACGACUCUUCCGCCUCUUCUGCGGCGGCUCUGGUUCCUCUGCUCCGCCAGCAGCUGGAUCAAGAGCGCCUCAAGUCGCAGUCGCUGCAACAGCAGGUAAAUGCGCUCAUGGAGCGAACCCGCGAUGCGCGACAGGCGAAUGGAACAUCUCGUCCGUCUCGUGACGGGGGGAACGCAGGAGGCACAGAGGAGCAAGUCUCUGCAUUGUUCACUCAGUACGAGAGCCAGAUCCAAUCCCUCAUGUCGGAACUCGAAGGCGAGCGACUCAUGCGCACCGAACUUCAGCAAGCGUACGCCUCCUCCACACCCCUCAGCCACAGUGAGUCGGCCCCGAUUCAUCGCACCAACUUUGACACAAACACGUCCAGCCCCAUGCGCCCCGCGACGCGGCCCUUGUCCAUCAACGCGGAUGGCGGCACGUCGUCAUCUUACGCGUCGCCCUACGGCUAUCCGAAUUCCAGUUAUUCUUCGUCGCCCAACAAUAGCUAUGGUGGUGCGAACGGCAUGUAUCAGCAACAGCAACAACAACAACAACAACAGCAGCAGCAACAGCAACAACAACAGUACACCCAGCUGCAGAUGCACGCCCAGCAUCUCCAACAAUCAUUAAAUGCAUCCAAUGCCGAGACGCAGCAAUUGCAGACUGCGCUCGCUUUGGAAAAGCAGAACAGCGCUGAUCUGCAAAUGAUGCUCAACUCGCUCAAACUGAACUUUGAUGCCGAGAGUCAGCGGCUGAACGAGCUGACAACGAAUUUGCACUCUGAGCGUCAAGCGCGCGAAAUUGAGCUCCAGGAGCUGCGCGCAGAGUAUCAGACGAGCCAAACAGCCCUCGCCCAGCAAGAGGAGCGCCUUGGUGUCAGCGAAGCUUUGCUGGAAAGCACUCGCGUGGCUCACGAAGAGAAAACGAGUGCGUUGCAAAACGAACUCACACAAGCCCGGCAGGCGCGGGAGACUUCCGAAGCAGCCCAUCUCGCCGCUGCAGCUGCGCUUCAAGCUCAUUUGCAAACAAUUCAGGAGCGCAUCACUGCUCAGGAGAGCACUAUCGAAGCCUUCAAGGCGCUCACGGCUGCCGCAGUCAAAGCGGCAGAAGACGGCAAAGCUCUGCUCGAGCACAAGCAUCAGGCGUUGCAGCAAAAGCAGCAAGUUCUGGAUGCAUUGUUGCUGCGCGCUCAGUCGGACGCUGCUGGCUCUACGCCUGCUGCCAUACCCUUGCCUGUUUCUGUCACAUCGACCAGCGCGUUGACGUCUGCCAGCGCAUCCCCGCACCCGCCAGCAUCGCCAGGAUUAGACCAUCUGGUCCCGACAGGGUCUGUGUCCUUUGCACUGUCCCAACCCACAGACGCACAACCACAGCUUCUGAUUCACACACUCGAACAGCGCAUCCAGCUCCAGAUCCAGGACAUUGCCGAUUUGCACGAGGAUGCGGCGCGUCAUGCCAGCUUGACCGCCGAGCUCAAGGGCUCACUCGAUAUUUUGUCCUCCAAGCUAGCCGCGACACAGACGAGCCUCCUUGAAGCCCAGUCGGAAAAUCAGCAGAAAACCCAACAAAUAGUCUCCUUGAAUGCUCAACUCGAGGAGGUGCAAGCGCGAAUGGCAGGGCUCGCUCAGGCCAAUCCGGCUGACACUCACUCCGCCGAGGUACUCGAAGCAACCAAAUCGGAGCUCGUCUUGCUCAAGGAGCGCGCCGUGGCUGAGCGAUCGGCUCGCGCUCAGUCGGAGCAGAACCUGCGCGCAGAAAUCGAACGACUCGCCGUGCAGCUCGCAAAGGACGCAACCGUCGUAUCACAGCUGGCCGACGAGCGGACUGCCCGCGAGACUGCCGAGAGGCUACACCAGGAGUUGGACCUGCUACUGCGAAACACCAAAGCCAAGUCCCGAGAGGUGAUUGUCAUGCUCCAAUCUGAGCUAGAUGCGGAACGGAAGGCCAAGCUGGAGCUCGAGCAAGAGGCGAGCCGUUUACGGGUCAAGCUGGACGAAAGCAUGUACGUUCAAAGCGAGCUCGUCCAACAGUCAAAGGGGCUUGCCAUUGCGCUCGAGUCCCAACGCGAGCAGCAGAACACUAUUCGAUGGGAAACGGAUGAGGACGUGCAUGCCUGUCGAAACUGCGAACAAGCGUUCAGUGGUACGCGUCGCAAGCACCACUGCCGACAAUGCGGCCGAAUCUUUUGCGGACAGUGCGUCAAAAUGACGCAGCUGCCAAAUUCUGCCGGCCUGGCACAAGUUUGUACGAGUUGCGUGAGCUCAUGGACGAUCAAGCGAUUUGAUUCGCGAUCGUCCGGUCUGCAGUCUCCUGCCCAACAAUAGCGUUAUUCCUGCACAUGUUGUAGCUUGGUUUGUUUGUUCGUGUUAUCAAAAGAUUUCUGCCAUUAUCGAUUAACA